CUUCAACUCACACGUAAAAUCGAAUUUAGACAAUGCAAACUUGGUAAAUCUGGCAUUGAUCAAUAAUGCAUAACGCUAUUCUCUCAUAUCGUUUUCUUUCAUAUUAUAUAACCUUUCUUUUGCUUUUUAUCAAUAAUGGAUAUGCGUAUCUUCCUGGUCUUUUCCCAGUUGACUAUUGUGAAGUUGGAAAGGAGAUUGAUAAAUGCAAGUCUGAAAUACCUGUAUUCGUCAACAUUUUAGACUCGGAAAAGACGGUCAUUCCCUACGAAUACCACAGAUUCGAUUUUUGUUUAUCCGACGAGAGCAAAUCCCCGUCAGAAAAUCUAGGGCAAAUAUUUUUGGGGGAUAGAAUCAGGCCGUCGCCCUACGAAGUAUACUUUCUGAAAGACUUGCCCAUAAAGACGGUAUGCACCAAAAAGUAUUCUUCCAGUAAACCCCAGGAUGUAAACCGAGCUAAUUUUCUCAAAAUGGGAAUCAAGCUGGAUUAUCAGCAGCACUGGAUCAUAGAUAACCUGCCCUUUUUGUGGUGCUACGUGGCGAAAAACGUUGAAUAUUGUUCCAGGAGUUUUCCCAUAGGAUUUUACACCGGAGAAGCCAUGGAUAAAGAAGAAAUAUCACAAAAGUUUAACAUAAACCCGGAUAGCCUGAAGCCUAAUACGUAUUACAUGUUCAAUUACCUCAAAAUAAUUGUCACCUACAAUCCUAUCAACGAUUAUUCCAAUAGCAAACGUGGCAGGAUCAUCAGCGCUAAAAUCAUCCCUUUCAGCUUCAAGGAUCCCAAUGCCAUGCUCAAGGGCGGAGAUGUCGUAGUUGAACCCCUGAUAAUACCGGAAAAACUUGUAGGAGAUUUUGAGAUUCCUUAUAGCUAUUCCGUCAAUUUUGAGGUUAAUGACAAAAUCAAAUGGUCUUCCCGGUGGGAUUAUGUAAUGUAUGCCAUGCCACAAGCUAAUAUACAAUGGUUCAGCAUAAUGAAUGCUUUAGUGAUCAUUCUAUUCCUUUCUGGCAUGGUUGGUAUGAUUCUAUUGCGAACCCUGAGACGAGACAUUGCCAGAUACAACCAGAUAGACGCCGAAGAUGUUCAGGAAGAAUAUGGAUGGAAGUUGGUACACGGGGACGUUUUUAGACCUCCUAAGAGAGGAAUUUUAUUAUCGGUAUUCCUUGGAUCCGGCACUCAAAUCAUGCUAAUGGCCCUUAUCACAUUGAUAUUCGCUUGCUUGGGUUUUUUAUCUCCCGCCAACCGUGGUGCCCUUAUGACUUGCGCGCUCGUCCUUUACGUUUGUCUUGGGACUCCGGCAGGUUAUGUUUCGGCCCGAAUCUACAAAUCCUUUCACGGUUAUAACUGGAAAACUAACAUCCUGUUGACGGGGUGCUUGUGUCCGGGCAUAGUGUUUGCCGUAUUUUUCGCCCUAAACUUGUUGCUCUGGACAAAGGGAAGUUCCGCGGCCGUGCCUUUCACCUCGCUUCUAGCCUUACUGGCUAUGUGGUUCGGCAUAUCACUGCCUUUAACUUUUAUUGGUGCCUACUUUGGCUACAAGAAAAAGGCAUUGGAACAUCCGGUUAGAACAAAUCAAAUACCCAGACAGAUCCCUGACCAAACAUUCUACACAACACCAAUCCCCAGCAUUAUUAUGGGCGGUAUUUUGCCUUUCGGCUGCAUCUUUAUUCAACUUUUCUUCAUCCUUAACAGCCUAUGGGCCAAUCAAAUGUAUUACAUGUUUGGAUUUUUGUUCAUAGUGUUCAUCAUACUUAUCAUAACAUGCUCCGAAACUAGCAUUCUUCUCUGUUAUUUCCACCUAUGUUCCGAGGAUUACAGAUGGUGGUGGAGGGCAUUCUUUACUAGCGGUAGUACAUCUUUCUAUUUUUUCGCUUAUUGCAUCAAUUACUUCUUCAGGACAUUGGCUAUCAAGGGUUUGGCCAGCACUUUUCUCUAUUUUGGGUACACGCUCAUCCUUACCUUCAUGUUCUUUUUGUUGACAGGCACUAUCGGAUUUUUUGCUUGCUACUGGUUUAUCUCCAAGAUAUACAGCGUCGUGAAGGUAGAUUAAAUGACCGAACAUAACAACUUUUUUUUAUAAAAAAUAUUUAUCUUGCUAUAAUAUUCUUUAUAUCGCAUAUUACAUUCUCGUAGUCUUGAGACAUAUUAUAACCAUUUCCUAAUCUUCGAAAAAGUGAUAAAAAAAUAUAUAAACCUUUUUUUAUUUUUGGGGAGAAAUAUUUGUAUAUAUG